AGCAAUCGUAUGAAAGUGAAAUUAAGUCGGGUGGCCACGGCGAAAAAUUCCAAACAGACGUUGCCCUCGUACUGUUGCUGCGUACGCGGGAAUUAAGUUCCACUACAAGGAUGGCGUAUGAAAUGAAGAUGGCCGACAAGUUUGACGAUGUUGUGUUGAUUGACGAUACAAACAAGGAGAUCCACUUAAUUCAAGCAAAACACGCCGAUACCAAGGAUGAAAAGGUUAAAAAUAUCGAUCUGGAUGCCCUGUUUCCAACUGGAAAUAGUGCCAAACGCACCGGGGACUUUGAUUUGUGCAAGUAUGCCAAAUCCUACAUGACUGUGACUGGAAGUUUGGAACUAAAGGCGUUCAAGAAGAUGUUUUACAUCUUCACCAAUAAGGAUCUGAAACAGACCGAUAACGAGUGGGUGAAGAUCGAAGAACGGGAAGUAAAUGAAAUCCUACGUUUUUCUGGAUCCAGUGCCAAAAACCUGGAACUUAUUCCAUACGAGAAGGCUAUCAAAGAGGUGCUCAAUUACAUCAACAAAGAUUUCAUUGUGAUUAAAGAUGCGAUCAAAGAGUUCUUUCACAGCGGAACGGUCAGCCAAAUUUUAACUCACUAUUGCACUCCAUUGAAAGACGUCAUGGUCAUAGACCGGAAAAAGUGUCGCUUUGCAAGCAACUUCAAUGCUGAACAUACAAAUCCCAAUGUUGCCUUGCUAUACACCAUGUUGCAAAGCGAUCAGGUUGAUAUGGAGAAAGAAGUAACCGUCAACAAUAAUUUCCUGGCGAAAGACUCAAGGAACAAACUUUUGCCACCAUUCGUUGGUGAGGAUGACAUUCGUGGCUUCUUUCGCGAUUUGACUCUAUCGGUGGGUCAACCAAACGAUUUGCAACCUAUCAUCGUUGGUGAACUACUGGCUUGGAUGAAGACGUGGAUUCAACCGGACAUUCUCGGUAAGCUGGGGCAAAAGGACUUGGAUCAGGUGUAUAUCGACCUGAAAGAUUAUUUUGUAAAAUGCAACGAACCUGAUAACAAAAAUAGUAAGCGUUUUUUGGCCAAACAAGGUAUCGAACAAUGCUUUGGACAAUUAAAGCGUGGAAUGGAGACAGGUGUAAUAAAGCGCGUAAUGGCAGAGGUGGAAGAAUGGGAAUUUACGUAUAUUAACCGCCAUAUCAAGUACGAAGAGACGGCAUUAGAACCAACCGGCGGAAUGCAUGCUACUAUGGAAAGGAUGGACAUCGUAAGGGAAUCAGAGGGUAAAUUGUUAAGUAUUGUUAAGAAACGGUCAGGCAACGACAAGCCUUAUUGCUUGUGCCGUGUUUACGAGAUGCCUGACGAAAAACGGAUCAAGAUGAAGGAGGCUAGAAGAAGGAAUGCCAUCGAAGGGAUCAAUCGAUUGGAUCAGUUUCUCACCAACUACGUUCCCGAGCAGCAUCAGCAUGAAGUUUCCCAUCGAUUGGAUCGUCUGGAGAAGGUGUGGAACGUAUUCGAGACCCUGCAGGAAGAAUGGAUGACUCCGAAGAAUCGUUGCAAAACAACUUGGAGCUGA